GCGUUCUACGGCUGCGCGUUGCCUGACCCUCCGGACUCGCCGUCCGCCCCGCCCCCGGCGCCGCUGCCAUCACCCGGGAAACGGGACGCGAUCGCCUGCCCACCGACCGAAGCUAUUUUCAUGGCAGCCUCGAAGAAAGCUGUUUUGGGGCCGUUGGUGGGAGCAGUGGACCAGGGCACCAGCUCGACGCGCUUUUUGGUUUUCAAUUCAAAAACAGCCGAACUACUUAGUCAUCAUCAAGUGGAAAUAAAACAAAAAUUUCCAAAAGAAGGGUGGGUGGAACAAGACCCUAAGGAAAUCCUGCAGUCCGUCUAUGAGUGUAUAGAGAAAACGUGUGAGAAACUUGAUCAGCUCAAUAUUGAUAUUUCCAACAUAAAAGCUAUUGGUGUCAGUAACCAGAGGGAAACCACUGUGGUCUGGGACAAGUUAACCGGAGAACCCCUCUACAAUGCUGUGGUGUGGCUUGAUCUAAGAACCCAGUCUACCGUUGAGAACCUUAGUAAAAUCAUUCCAGUGAAUAAUAACUUUGUCAAGACCAAGACAGGCCUUCCACUCAGCACGUACUUCAGUGCAGUGAAGCUUCGUUGGCUCCUUGAUAAUGUGAGAAAAAUUCAAAAGGCAGUUGAAGAAGAUAGAGCUCUUUUUGGGACCAUUGAUUCCUGGCUUAUUUGGAGCUUGACAGGAGGAGCCAGGGGAGGUGUUCAUUGUACAGACGUAACAAAUGCAAGUAGGACGAUGCUAUUCAACAUUCAUUCUUUGGAAUGGGAUAAAGAGCUCUGUGAAUUUUUUGAAGUUCCAAUGAAAAUUCUGCCAAAUGUCCGGAGUUCUUCUGAGAUCUAUGGCCUAAUGAAAGCUGGGGCCUUGGAAGGCGUGCCAAUAUCUGGGUGUUUGGGAGACCAGUCUGCUGCAUUGGUGGGACAAAUGUGCUUCCAGGAUGGACAGGCCAAAAACACGUAUGGAACAGGCUGUUUCUUACUAUGUAAUACAGGCCACAAGUGUGUGUUUUCUGAACAUGGCCUUCUGACCACAGUGGCUUACAAACUCGGCAGAGACAAACCAGUGUAUUAUGCAUUAGAAGGCUCAGUAGCUAUAGCUGGUGCUGUUGUUCGCUGGCUAAGAGACAAUCUUGGAAUUAUAAAGACCUCAGAGGAAAUUGAAAAACUUGCUAAAGAAGUAGGUACUUCUUAUGGCUGUUAUUUUGUCCCAGCCUUUUCAGGGCUAUAUGCACCUUACUGGGAGCCCAGUGCAAGAGGGAUCAUCUGUGGGCUCACUCAAUUCACCAAUAAAUGCCAUAUUGCUUUUGCUGCGUUAGAAGCUGUUUGUUUCCAAACCCGAGAGAUUUUGGAUGCCAUGAACCGUGACUGUGGAAUUCCACUCAGCCAUUUGCAGGUAGAUGGGGGAAUGACCAACAACAAAAUUCUUAUGCAGCUACAAGCAGACAUUCUGUAUAUCCCAGUAGUGAAGCCCUCAAUGCCAGAAACAACUGCCUUGGGAGCUGCCAUGGCAGCAGGGGCUGCAGAAGGAGUUGGCGUUUGGAGUCUCAAACCUGAGGAUUUAUCAGCUGUCACGAUGGAGCGGUUUGAACCUCAGAUCAAUGCUAAGGAAAGUGAAAUUCGUUAUUCCACAUGGAAGAAAGCUGUGAAGAAGUCCAUGGGUUGGGUUACAACUCAGUAUCCAGACAAUGGUGACCCUAGUAUCUUCAGUAGCCUACCCUUGGGCUUUUUUAUAGUGAGUAGUAUGGUAAUGUUAAUUGGAGCAAGGUACCUCUCAGGCGUGGCAUAAAUAAUACCAAUUCAUGGAUUCCAAAGAUGCAGGCUCUUUACGCAGUGGGAAAAUCCAGCAGUUCUGUCUUUUAAUGUGAUGACACUAUUCAAAGACUCUGAUUUUAUUUAUGAGCCACUUGCUGCAUGACCCUCCAGGUAGACCUGUGGCUUGAAAUAAAGAAAAUGCGGC